UGGCAAUGUUGAAGCUGAUGUGGCAAUACAUAAAAGGGAUCAACAGUUGAAGAGAAGAGAAGCAAUCCACAGAUUGCUUAUACAAAGAGAAAUGGAGGAGAAAGAAGGAAGAGGUUUAAAUGUAUAAUAUAAAAGAGUUGGCCUACUUUCUCUCUCCACCCAUAUCUGUUUCUUCCUUUCUCUCUCUGAAAAAACAUACCAUGCUAUGCUACCACCAGAAAAGACUGUAACUCUCUCUCUCUCAGACACCUUUUCUUUUUCUCUCUCUUUUUUGCUUCUUCAAGCCUCAAUAUCCAUUCUAAGCCAGCCAAGAUAGAAAAGAAAAGAAAGAUUAAAUACAAAAAGAAAAUCAAGAAAAGUGAUGAUAGUCACGUCCUACCAAUACUCGCAAAACCAUUCCUUCAAUCCAACUCUACAUACCCACAUAGAAAUCUUGACCUUUUCUCUUAAAGAUUCAAGAAAACACUAAUUAAACACAGAAAAAGAAGACCAUUUCUUGUUUUCAAUUAUUUGAUAGAAAAAUUUCUCUUUCUUUACCCAAAAAUACAAUGACUGAAGUACUUCAAUCGUCCCCAUCACAUCACUUCCCUUCUCCUUCAAGUUCUUCUUCAGCGCCAUGUGUCAACAAUGAUAUCUCACACCAACAACAACAACAACAGCAACUUCCAGUUAGCCCCACUACAAUUCAAGAAAUAGACCAAGAACAAGAACAUGAAGUACAAGUAGAAGAAGAAGAACAGGAACUAGAGGAUAUUGUUGAGAGAAAAGAAAGGGAGAGAGAAGGGGAUCAGCUGUCACUUCUUGAACUUUUAGUUACUGUGUUUAGGAGGUCUGUUGUUGGUUGUAGUAUUACUACUACUGCUGGGACUAAGGAGCUUUGUAAGAUGGAGAUUGGGGUGCCCACCAAUGUUAGGCAUGUUGCUCAUGUUACUUUUGAUAGGUUUAAUGGGUUUCUUGGUUUGCCUGUUGAGUUUGAGCCUGAAGUUCCAAGAAGAGCUCCCAGUGCCAGUGCAACUGUUUUUGGGGUUUCAACCGAAUCCAUGCAGCUCUCAUAUGACUCCAGAGGGAAUAGUGUGCCCACAAUACUCUUGAUGAUGCAAAGGCAACUGUAUGCCCAGGGAGGUUUGCAGGCAGAAGGAAUUUUUAGAAUUAAUGCAGAGAAUAGCCAGGAGGAGUAUGUUAGGGAACAAUUAAAUAGGGGAGUGGUCCCAGAGGACAUUGAUGUGCACUGCUUGGCAGGUCUUAUAAAGGCUUGGUUUAGAGAACUCCCAACUGGUGUUUUGGACUCUCUUUCACAGGAACAGGUAAUGCAAUCUCAGUCAGAGGAAGAAUGUGUUCAACUCGCAAGGCUCCUUCCCCCAACAGAAGCUGCUCUGCUGGAUUGGGCUAUAAACCUAAUGGCUGAUGUUGCGCAAAUGGAACAUCUGAACAAGAUGAAUGCACGCAAUGUUGCUAUGGUCUUUGCACCGAACAUGACUCAAAUGUCAGAUCCAUUAACUGCAUUGAUGUAUGCUGUCCAAGUGAUGAACUUUCUUAAGACUCUUAUCAUUAGAACACUUCGGGCGAGAGAAGAAUCUGUGCUAGAACCAGCUCCUGUUUCUCACCUUGAGCCCUCUGAUGAAAAUGGGCACCAGAGCUCUUAUCAUCCAUUUUUCCCAGAAGCUAAUGAGCAACCUAGUGAAAGGAAUGAACAGGAGAAAAUUUUUGUCGCAGAAGAACCUGCAAUGGAGAGCCCUCCUCUACCUAGUCAAGAUGAUUCUACAACUGAAAGUAGAUGCCAAAAUUUCCUGACAUCUAUUGAGAACAUUCCCACUGGAGGAAACUGGUCUUUGGUUGAUAAUUGUCCUUGUGAAGUUGUAUCUCAAGUAAGUGCAUUAACAAAUGAAAAUCUGGAGGGUGGCUUUACAAGAGCAAGAGGGGUUCAAGUAAGAACGUGCAAGAACAGAACUGGCCAAUCUAGUAACUCAAAUUCCAGAAAGGGAUCCAAAAGAGUGAUUGAGCAAGCAAUUGCUCGAGCAGCAGGACCAGUGGAGAAAAGCAAAGGAGCUGGUAUAGUAGGUUCCAUAAAUCCGAGGACAGAGCUGUCCGAAGCUUGGCGGUAAAGGGUGUUGGUGUAGAUGAUGCUGUGUCAAGAAGUACAGGAAGUUGGAGAGUUUGGCCAACCGAUGAAACAAGUUGGCGCAUCGUGUGAUUUUUUCCUUCGGAAAUAUUUGUGUAUUGAGUUUCUGUGUUGUUUUACAUAUGGUUCUGUUUGUUCAUUAACCAUGUUCUACUUCCAUGUUUAAUUUCCUUAACCUGUUCUAACA